AUGGGUUAUCAUGGGGAUAAAGGAAGAGGAAAUGUUGUGACUAGGGCCAUACUUUUGGGUCUCUUAAGCAUUGUGUGUGUGGAUGCUACUUUCAUAAAUUACAAAGAAGCCCUAACCAAAUCCCUAAUCUUCUUGGAGGCACAAAGAUCAGGCAAACUCCCUCCUAACAACAGGGUUAAGUGGAGAGGUGAUUCUGCUCUUGACGAUGGCAAACUCGCAAAUCUGGAUUUGUCUGGAGGAUACUAUGACGCAGGAGACAAUGUGAAGUAUGGUCUUCCAAUGGCGUUCACCAUCACAACGCUAGCUUGGUCGACCAUUUCCUAUGAGAAAGAACUCCGAGCCGCAGGAGAGCUCGAAAACGCUCGUGCUGCUAUCCGUUGGGGCACAGAUUAUUUCCUCAAAUGUGCUUCUAAGAAGGACCGCCUCUAUGUUCAGGUUGGUGAUCCAAACGCUGAUCACCAGUGUUGGGCGAGGCCCGAGAACAUGCAGACGCCAAGGACGGUGUUGCAGAUCAGUGAUAAAGAUCCUGGAACCGAGAUCGCCGCCGAGACUGCCGCUGCGUUGGCCGCUUCGUCCAUUGUUUUCCGCCAUGUCGACCACAAAUAUGCCCGACAGCUCCUCAACAAAGCCAAAUUGCUUUUCAAGCUAGCCAAGAGCCACAAGGGUACAUACGAUGGAGAAUGCCCUUUCUAUUGUUCUUGCUCCGGCUACAAUGACGAGUUGAUAUGGGCGGCAACAUGGCUAUACAAGGCAACGAGGAAUGAGAUAUACCUUAGCUUCCUCAAAUUUGAAGCCAUAAGUGCUUACGUCUCCGAGUUUAGCUGGGAUCUUAAGUACGCUGGUGCACAGAUCCUCAUUGUCAAGAUGAUCUUCGAAGGCGCUAAAGGACUUGACCUAUACAAACAACAAGCCGAUAGUUUCGUCUGCUCGAAUAUCCCCGGCAGUCCAUACCACCAAGUCUUCAAUACUCCAGGUGGUAUGAUUCACUUGAGGGAUGGAGCCAAUACUCAAUAUGUCACUGCGACGGCUUUCUUGUUCUCGGCCUACGCUGAUCUUCUACAUGCACAUAACCAAAAGAUUUCCUGCGGAAGCAAACAAUUCGAUGCAACACACCUUAUGGCUUUCGCCAAAAAACAAAUUGACUACAUACUAGGGGCUAACCCAAGAGGAAGAUCGUACAUGGUUGGCUUCGGUCCAAACCCGCCAAAGCAGGCUCACCACAGAGGAGCCUCAGUGCCAAUGCAUGAAGCCAACGAUCCCCUAAGCUGCCCAAUGAGCUUCGUGAAAUGGUACAACAAGAACGUGCCUAACGCCAACGAGCUAACCGGAGCCAUCUUGGGAGGACCCGACCGUCAAGAUAACUUCCAGGAUCUACGGUGGACCUCCGUUUACACAGAGCCUUGCACUUACAUCAACUCUAUCGCUGUCGGUCUUCUCGCCAAGCUCGCUGCCAAGGCUUAG